AUGGCUGUACUGGAUUCCAAUUUCCGCGUGCGUGGCGUUGAGGGCCUGCGCGUUGUUGAUGCCUCUGUCUUCCCUAAGAUUCCCGGUUUCUACAUUGCCGUUCCUAUCUAUAUGAUCAGCGAGAAAGCUUCGGAUGUCAUUCUCCAGGCUGCGAAAGGAGUUUAA